UUUAACAGAGAUGGUGAUGGAAUGAUUUCAGCCUUCGAACUCAGGGCUUAUUUCACUUCCAUUGGAUUUGGAGAGUAUAUGUCAUACGAAGAUGCUGAAGCGAUCAUCAAGGAGCUUGAUACUGAUGGAGAUGAUUUGUUGAACUUUCUUGAUUUCUUGAAGUUAAUGAAGAGAGAUGAUGAGGAGGAGGAUUUGAAGAAAGCUUUUGAAAUGUUUGAGUUGGAGAAAGGAGAUGGGUGUAUAACUCCAAGAGGGUUGCAAAGGAUGUUGAAUAAGCUUGGAGAUCAAAAAUCCUUGGAUGAAUGUGUGGCUAUGAUUCAAGUUUUUGAUACUGAUGCUAAUGGUGUUCUUGAUUUUCAUGAGUUUCACCAAAUGAUGGUAUAAUCAAUUAUUAGCAUAGCUUUACAUGAAGUAGUUUUUCUUCUUCUUCUUUAAAUUUUGGUCUAAUUAUCAUUUGAGGAUCUCUAUUUCCAAAAUGUAAUUAUAAGAUCUCUAUAUUUUUGAUUCCGUGAACAGUUUCUCUCUGUUUAAAAUUGUAUACUUUUCUAGUUAAUCUUAGUGAUCUAAGUGAGU